AUGUCCGGAGCGGGUCUCUCGUAUGGACUUAAUUUAACGAAGAAGAAACUCGGAGGCAAGCCUGCUCCAGCAAAACGGAAAACGAUAUUCGACGACGAGGAUUCAGAUGGAGAGGGUGGCACGUCAACAGAAGUAGGCGUGGAGGAGAUUGGGGAAAUUGGAGGACUGGAUUCCGACAAGAAGACUUCUCUACCUUCACGAAAUGCCGCCUUGACAGGAAAAUCAAAGCUCAAUGGCGCGGGGAAAAAAGCACCCAUAAGCAUGUAUGGGGACUUGUCCACCUCAUUCUCCUCGAAGAAGCAUGCGGAUACUGCCGAAGAAUUAGACGCAAACAUCUAUGAUUAUGACGCCGUUUACGAUUCUCUGAAGCCGCAGAAAAAAGUCACCCAAGAAGAUAAAGAGCGUAAACCGAAGUAUAUGAGCAAUCUUCUUGCUGCGGCUGCCGUACGGAAGCGCGAUGCGACUAUUGCGGAGGAGAAAAAACUAGCUAGGGACAGAGAGGCUGAAGGGGAUGAAUUCGCCGAAAAGGAGAAGUUUGUCACAUCAGCUUAUAAGAAGCAGCAAGAAGAGAACCGUAGAUUGGAGGCCGAAGAAAAGAUCAGGGAAGAGCAAGAGGAAAAGAAGAACAAAGGGACCGGGUUGACGAAUUUCUACAAGAAUAUGCUUCAAAAAGAAGAACAGAAGCAUGCAGAGAUUGUCAAAGCUGCCGAAAAUAGUGUCAAUCAAGUACCGGUCGUUGAAGAGGAGCAGAAAGAGAAGACAGAGGCUGAAAUUGCCAAGGAGAUCAAUGAGAAAAUGGGCGGGAAAAUCGCGGUCAACGAUGAGGGGCAGGUUGUCGACAAGAGACAGUUGCUUAAAGGUGGUCUCAAUAUUGUUCCCAAGCCAAAGGGUGCCGCAAAGACUAAUAAUUCACGUACUAAUCAAUCUACGUCAAGCCGUGAAGGUGUGGGAAUGGUUGGAGCUGGUGGUGGCAAACAAGCUAUGAGAGAGAGACAAUCUCGGAUGAUGGAGGCACAACUGGAGCAAGCUACCAAGAGAGCUCUAGAGGAAGAUGAAGAGGAGAGGUUGAAGAUUGAAAGAGCGUCAAAGACUAGGAAGACCGAGGGGGACAUCAUGAGCGCCAAGGAAAGAUAUCUUGCUCGAAAGAAAGAGGCAGAAGAAGCGAAGAAAAGGGGCAAUGUCCCUUGA